UGUGUUUUUACAUUACCUAGGUUGAGCUGAUGGAUCGCUAUCAAUUAAGGUUAUGUUAGUGAGGGGUGCUAAAAGCUUGGCGGUAUUCCCUAGCUUAAUUGGUACGUAAUCCGUGAUUUUAGCUUCGAUCCAUGUCAGUCCAUUUUUUGACCCAUUUGGCGAUUCUCCAUUCCCCAUAUUUUCGCUGCCGAGCCUCAUCUAAGUCUCAUCAUUCAACCAACCAACCAACCAACCAGCCAGCCAACCAGUCAACCUAACCAGCUUCUGGCACGCAAUUCUUCGCAGAAACACUAGCGCCCACCCGACGAUCGAGACCCGAACCGUCUUUCGAGUUCCACUCCGGAUAAGUCUGGACAAGCACGGAUAGAAGAAAAACAGCAAGAACGAGGGUAGAACCAACGUAAAAUCCGACAAUGCGUUGAUCCAGUCUUUGGAUCUUCGUCCUGGUGUGUCCUAUCACUACCUGUAUUCCAAGUGGGCACGACGUCCCAAAAGUGCACAAGUAAUGGGUUGUUGCUUCUCGAGGCCUGCCGGCCCCAACGCCCCAUAUCCGGGCGACAGUGCGGCAUCGCCGUCUGCGCGCGCGAUAAACUCUCCACCAUUACAGCCUUCCGCUACCGACGAGAGCCCCCCAGCUUCGCGUGAUGUAUCCCGUUCUCAUCAACCCGCCCAGCUCCCCCAUUCGCAUUCGCAACAAUCGCAUUCUCAUAGCCACCAUCAACAUCGUAGGUAUGGCUGUCAGCCGCCGUUGUCGCAGCACAUAGACAAGCCCCUCCGACGGCACGAAUGGGUUGCGCGAGAUCGGUUGUGGACCCGUUCCCAGCUAGAUACGGAACGAGCCGACUUUUUCGAUACGCGAGUUACCGGCCGACCCGAGGUAUGGCAGGUCUUAAAAGCGGCUCUGGAGGUUUUGUGGGAAGCCGACUUGGCCCGUGCUGCUGGGAUCGAGCAGCAAGGAGACGACGGGACGGGUGGCAUAGCUACGGCGCAAAGCAUAUUAAGGGCGGCCGAGGUUACUCUACCCACCGGCGACUUGUCGAAUGGGGUGUACGACUCGCUAGGAAACUACUACGCAUUGCCGGAAUGGAUAGUGAGCGAUCCCGUGAAUGUAGCAGAGGGGAGCGGUGCGAAGAGAACCAGCGGAGAUAUGGCGCGGAACGGGGAUGGUGAGCUGACUGCUGGAGAAGAUAGCGGGGAGGAGCCCGAUGAAGACGAAGCUUUACGACGAAGGGAGGAGAAGGGUAAGGCUGUCGCUGACAUCCGGGAUAUGGUGAAAGUUCGUGCUAGACUUAGCGAGAAUUUACCAGAUGUGGUGAUUAGUGUGGGUUCUGACGAAAGUGUAAGGAGUCUUGCUAAGAGGGUAGCUGAAAAAUCCGAGCUCCCGUCGACAAAACGCGUUCGUGUAGCCUACAUGGGAAAAAUCCUUAAGGAGAACUCGUCACUACAGAGCCAAGGCUGGAAAAGGGGCCAUAUUGUCAACGCGCUGGUAUUUGACCGGUAGCAAUAGGCUAUGGCGUUGUGCCGGCCUCCACCCAUAUAAGGGGACACCCUUCUAUCCUUUUGGAUUUGAGUCGGCGUUGCCCAAUAGCCCGUUGUUGGAACAUUAAUCCCUGGGUGUCUUUUGACGUUUACGUUUCUUUACCAUUCUUCUGCAUCGGAUUCUGGACAAUACCCAAUAUUUUGAGCCUUGCUGUGUUAGCAUGUGGUGGGCCAUUGGAGUUAGGUGUCAUCAUAACGAAUUCUUCGAAUCGACGAAUGAGGUAGCAAACCUCUGUUUAGGAAAGGCUAAUAAUAACUUGAUAGGACUCUUACACUAGAGUCAAGUACAAUACUAAGACGUACAUAAUUUGUGGUUUCUGUGACUGGGUGCGGAGUAAUAUCCCGUGAGCCCCCAUUUGAACUAUAUUAGUAGUCUACAUCAAGGUUAGUUCGAGGACUUGGUUAUCUCAUAAA